AUCAAGCGCUUAAACCGCUCUAACUUAGCCUCCGAAUCCCCGACAAAGCACUUCCACCCACCCGAGAACCAGAUGGCUCCCGAGCUGGCCGGCAAGGUGACCGCCGUGGCGGCGGCGAAGCCCGCGACGAAGGCGUUCGUGACGUUCCUGGCCGGCGACGGCGACUACUGGAUGGGCGUGGUCGGGCUGGCCAAGGGCCUGCGCAAGGCCGGCUCGGCCUACCCGCUGGUGGUGGCCGUGCUGCCCGACGUGCCCGAGUCCCACCGCCGCAUCCUCGUCUCCCAGGGCUGCAUCGUCCGCGAGAUCGUCCCUGUCUACCCUCCCGAGAACCAGACCCAGUUCGCCAUGGCUUACUACGUCAUCAACUACUCCAAGCUCCGCAUCUGGGAGUUUGUGGAGUACGAGAGGAUGGUGUACCUGGACGCGGACAUCCAGGUGUUCGACAACAUCGACGAGCUGUUCGACCUCCCCAAGGGCCACUUCUACGCGGUGAUGGACUGCUUCUGCGAGAAGACGUGGAGCCACACCCCGCAGUACCAGAUCGGCUACUGCCAGCAGUGCCCCGACAGGGUGGCGUGGCCGGCCGCCGAGAUGGGACCGCCGCCGGCGCUCUACUUCAACGCCGGCAUGUUCGUGCACGAGCCCAGCAUGGCCACCGCCAAGGCGCUCCUCGAUACCCUCCGCGUGUCGCCGACAACUCCGUUCGCGGAGCAGGUAACUAUAAUAAUUGAGAAAGUGGACGACGACCCCGCUCAUGCGGGCAUAGAUUUGGCAAUCAGUAGUGAUGUGGAAAGUGCUCACUGUAGUUGCUCCCUUGAUCUGCAGGACUUCCUCAACAUGUUCUUCAGGGAGCAGUACAAGCCGAUCCCGCUGGUGUACAACCUCGUGCUCGCCAUGCUCUGGAGGCACCCGGAGAAUGUUCAGCUCGAGAAGGUCAAGGCGGUGCACUACUGCGCAGCGGGAUCGAAGCCGUGGAGGUUCACGGGCAAGGAGGCCAACAUGGACAGGGAGGACAUCAAGGUACUCGUCAGGAACUGGUGGGAGAUCUACAACGACGAGAGCCUCGACUUCAAGGGCCUGCCGGUCGACGCCGACGAGCUCGAGGCGGCCGCGAAGAAGCCGAUCCGUGCGGCGCUUGCGGAGGCAGGCACUGUGACUGUCAAGUACAUCACCGCACCGUCGGCCGCAUAGUCGAUCGUUAACUUUGUGAACAUUUCCAUUUUUUUUUGUUUGGAUAUUAGGGUGUCCAAUUUGUGUCUAUGUCUAUUAAUCUCUGAACUACUACUCAUUUGGAGUGUACGUAAGGUUUGAUCGAUCAAGUUUAGAACUCUAGAGAUAUGUGAAUAUCCUUGACAUGUUGUCAAGUCUAGUAGAGAGUAUUAUCGUCUUGUAUGAAAGAACUACUAUGUGUGAAUUAGCAAGAUGCAAAAAUUAUGCCA